CCUCGGGAGAGAGGGGGGGGGGGUGGCCCCUCCCACCCCAAGGAUACACCGGCCCAUCCCCCAGGCCGGGCUCAGCCAAUCAGGGGCCUCCCUGCUUCGGCAGCACGGUCUCCCAGUGCUGUAGGUAAAUGUCUCCAAAGAGAGAGGGGGAGAGACAGACUGACAGAGGGAGGGCAAAGCAAGGCUGGCAGGAACUCUUCUAAACCCCCGACUUAACUGCUCUGACACAUGGGAGCUUCCAACUAAUAGAGAGAGACAGAGAGGGAGAGGGAGAGAGAGAGGGAGAGAUACAGAGAAAGUGAGAGGUAGACAGAGAAAGAGAGAGAAAGAGCAGGAGAGAGAAACACACACACACACACACACACACAGGCACUCAGUGGUUCAGCCAGACUGAAGCAGAAGGAGACAGCAUGCUGCUGCUGCUGUGCUUGGUGCUGCAGUUGGCCAGCCGGGCCGGGGGGGUCCAGCUUCAGGAGCGUGACCCCGUGCCCCCGCCUCGCGCCCCCCCGUGCCCCCGCCCGUGCCAGUGCCAGGAGGACGGCAUCCUGCAGCUGGUGGACUGCUCGGAGCUCGGACUGUCAGCGGUGCCCGCCGACCUCAGCCCGCUCACCUCUUACCUGGAUCUCAGCAUGAACAACAUCAGCGAGCUGCAGCCCAGCGCCUUCCACAACCUGCACUUGCUGGGAGAGCUGAGGCUGUCCGGAAACCGCCUCAGAGACGUCCCCAAGCAGGUCUUCACGGGCCUCUACAAUCUCAAAGUGCUGAUGCUGCAGAACAAUCAGAUCGAGCGUCUCCCCAGUGAGGCCACGUGGGACUUGCCCAACCUGCUGUCGCUGCGCCUGGACGCCAACCUGAUUUGGGAGGUUCCCGAGCGGACGUUCGCGGGGCUGCGGUCCCUCAGGCACCUGUGGCUGGACGACAACGCCCUGACGGAGAUCCCGGUGCGGGCCCUCAACCGCCUGCCCGCCCUGCAGGCCAUGACCCUGGCGCUCAACCGCAUCGCCCACAUCCCCGACUCCGCCUUCCGCAACCUCUCCAGCCUGGUCGUCCUCCAUCUUCAUAACAACAUGAUCCAGACUCUCGGAAAGAACUGCUUUGAAGGGCUGCACAGUUUAGAGACCCUAGACCUGAACUACAAUGACCUGCAGGAGUUCCCAGUGGCCAUCAGGACCCUAACCAAGCUUCAGGAACUGGGAUUCCACAACAAUAACAUCAAGGCCAUUCCUGAGCGGGCUUUCGUAGGGAACCCUCUCCUGCAGACCAUUCAUUUCUAUGAGAAUCCCAUCCAGUUUGUGGGCAGAUCCGCCUUCCAGUUCUUACCCAAGCUGCACACGCUGUCCCUGAACGGAGCUACAGAAAUAAGAGAAUUCCCUGAUCUCAAAGGAACCACCAGCCUGGAGAUUCUGACCCUGACGAGGGCCGGACUCACCUCCCUGCCCCGGAGCCUGUGCCAGCAGCUGCCCAGCCUGCGAGUGCUGGAGCUGUCUCACAACCAGAUAGAGGAGCUGCCCAGCUUCUAUCACUGCCAGCGGCUCCAGGAAAUAGGCCUCCAGCACAAUCUGAUCCGGGAGAUCACCUCCAGCACGUUCCAGCAGCUCGGGUCCCUGCGGUCACUUGACCUGAGUUGGAAUCGCAUUGAGACCAUACACCACGACGCCUUCGCGUCCCUGCGGAGCCUGGUGAAGCUGGACCUAACGGAGAACCGGCUCAGCAUCCUACCCCUGGAGGGGCUCGGGGGCCUGACCCACCUCAAGCUGAGGGGCAAUCUGGCACUGUCUGGGGCUUUCACCGCGGAGGACUUCCCCAAGAUGAGGGUGAUAGAGAUGCCGUAUGCGUACCAGUGUUGUGUGUAUGGGGCCUGCAACAGCAACUACAAAGCAGGCAGCCAAUGGGAUGUGGAGCAGGCAGGGAACGAGGAGGAGGAGCUUCACAAGAGGACCAUCGCCUUGUUCCCCAUCCACACCGACACCAACUAUGACUUGGACAUGGAGGAAUUCCAAAUUGAAGUAGAAGAUUCCAAACUACAAACAAGUAUCCAGUGCACACCUACUCCAGGCCCCUUCAAACCCUGCGACUACAUGUUUGACAGCUGGGUGGUGCGGCUCGGCGUGUGGGCCAUUGCUUUGGUUUCUCUCGUGGGCAACAGCUUGCUGAUCGUCACCGUCUUCGCCUCGCCCAGCUACCUGUCGCCCGUGAAGCUGGUCAUCGGCUCCAUCGGCGGGGCCAACCUCCUGACGGGCCUGUGCACGGGCACGCUGGCUCUGGUCGACGCCCUGACGUUCGGGGAGUUCUCCCGACACGGCGCCCGCUGGGAGACCGGCCCGGGCUGCCAGGCGACCGGGUUCCUGUCCGUCUUCGCCUCGGAGGCGUCCAUCCUCUUCCUCACCCUGGCGGCCGUGCAGUGCAGCGUCUCGGUGUCCUGCGUGCGGGCCUACGGGAAGUCCCCUUCCUUCAGCAGCGUCCGGGCGGCCGCCCUCUGCUGCCUCGCCCUCUCCCUGGUGGUCGGCGCCCUACCCCUUUUUCGGGUGGGCGAGUACGGCUCCUCGCCCCUCUGCCUGCCCUCGCCCCUGCCGGAGGGGCAACCGUCAACUAUGGGCUUCAUGGUGGCCCUGAUCAUGAUGAACACCCUCUGCUUCCUGGUGAUCACUGGCACCUACAUCAAGCUCUACUGGGACCUGAUUAAGGGGGAGUUUGACAGUAUCUGGGACUGUGCCAUGAUCAAGCACGUGGCCUGGCUCAUUUUCACCAACUGCCUGCUCUACUGCCCCGUGGCCUUCCUUACCUUCUCCUCCCUGCUCAGCCUCUUCCCCGUGGGCGAGGAGGUCAUCAAGUCGGUCCUGCUGGUCCUCAUGCCGCUCCCAGCCAGCCUCAACCCUCUGCUCUACCUCCUCUUCAACCCCCACUUCAAGGAGGACGUCCGCCUGCUCUGGAGGAGGUCCCAGUCAGCCCGGGAGGAGACGCUCGACUCCUUCAUCUCCGAGGAGACCGAGAAGAGCUCGUACGACUCCACGCAGGCCCUGGUGUCCUUCACCGACAUGGACAUGCUCUUCGAGAGCGCCGGCCCCCCCUCCGUCCCCCUCAUCCCCUGCCAACAACAGACGCCCCCCAGGAGAGAAGGCGCGUUCACUCACAGCUCCGGGGCCCCUCUCAGGGGCGGAGGACCUUUGAAAAGCGACGACCUGAACACAGGCAGCAGCCCCUUUCCUUCCGGAAGCUUCCACUCUUCCUCCUCCUCGUCUCAUUUAUAAACGAAUGACUUGCUUGCCUCUGAACUGAACGCAGAAAACGGCACAGGGCAAUGGGGAAUACUGCACACCGGGCUUCAACCUCACGACUGCGGAGACAGCGGAUCAAAUCUCAAGACUGCGGAGGAGAACUUUAAUAGCCCUGGGAUCAUCCUGGCAGCUAAAGGGUGGUAUCAAAUCAAAGGCAUUGUAGAAAAAAGUGCGGAAUCCAAGAAACUCUCUCAUACUAUAGGAUGUCAAGCUUGGAUUUCCAUGUAUCAUGUAUAUAAAUUAGAUUUUUUAAAUAUACAGACUUGUUCAUUAUAUACUUUUGUAAAGAAGAUACAUUUAUAGGCUUACUUUUAUGACAAACAAAACUGGGAGAUUAAUUUUUCAAAGGUUGAAGGACACGUGUAAAGAUUUCUCUGCUACAUAAAAUACCUGCUGAAGAGCUGCUCCUUUCGACACAAACCUAAGGAAAAUUUAUUUUAGCUCACAACUGGGGUCAAUUGCUUCAGGCACUCAUACACAUAUUCUAUCUCAAAUUUAAAUCCUCCACUCGUCCAAAAUGCGCUUUAAUGGGUUUUAUCCAUUUUACUGAAUGCUUUUUCUUACACAGAAGUGUUGGGGAAAACUGCUCUUCAGAAUAAUCCUGCAAUAUAGUCCAUGCCUACGUUUAUCAAAGGCAAAAUAACUGGUACCCUCCAGGUCCUUAAAGAUAUUCUUUGAUCUUUUGAUCUAGAAUUGCGUGUCUUAACUUGUCGCAAUGCGCUUGGCGUGCAUUAGCACUGGCAAGAAGAGACACAGGGUGAAAAAUUAUUUAAAUGCAGCGUGAGAUCAAGGAUUACAAAAGGAUCGUCAUUCUUUCGCAUCAUCAGUUUUAGUUUUUAAACUAAAAACGGUCACGCCAUGACCAAAUGCACGUUUCUGCGAUGAACUCCACAGCAUCGAAAAGGAGCAGGAAAAAUCCCAUAAUUUUAGCAUUCUACUUUCAACUGUUCAGCGCUAACCCAGAAAGUAGUACCCACAUUUUUGUAUUAGAGAAACAAGCAAAAUGAAUUCAUAUUUCUUUGAUGAAAUCAGAUCGUAACUAUGCGUGCUCAUGUUCAGAUACUGAAAGGGGACACCGUUAUCCAUGUGAAAAAUAUUUCAUUCCAUAACACCAAAAACGGUAUGCUUCAGAAUUUAUACAUUGAUUUAUAUUUUUCAGUUUUGUUGUAUAGUAGGCUAGACAUUGUAUAUACAGUGUAACUACCUCUUAAGUAGCAUGCUAUCUCCCCCUUCUACCCCAAUAUGUUUUAAGUUUUUUUUUUUUUAUUCACAAAUAUAUUAAUUUUUUAUAUGGAAAGGUUAAAGCUCU